AUGAGGAAGUUCGGCUUCGGAAGAAAGCAUGCAGAUGGCGAUGACGAUGCAAAUCGUUCGGCCCUGUUUGGGAAGAAGGGCUCUCCGGCGCCUCCAUCCGACAACCCAUAUGCUCAACCACAACCUGCGAAUGACCCUUACACAAACGAUAGCAACAAAUAUGCCCACAUGACACCUUAUCAACAAGCUCGCGCGCGUCUCCCCGAUUCCCAAGUUAAUGGUCUACCUAGCAAACCAUCCCCUCAGAAUGGUUACGCUGCUCCACCACCUCGCAAUGAUGGCAAUAACCCACCCGCGACUACACAACCUCCAUCGUAUUCUAGUGGUGGCUAUAGCAACAACAAAUACGGGGCGCCAUCAGGCUAUGGUGAAAAUAAAUAUAGUAACUCGAACGGUUACGGCGCUCGUUCGGGUGGUUACGGUGGGCUUGGCCGUACUGACAGCAAUAAUACGGACACCAACAGAGAUGCACUUUUCUCUGGGGCUCGUGAGCGAUAUGAUCAACGCCAACCCAAUGGCCAAGAUAUCUCUGGAGCUUCUGGCGCAUCGGGAAUUGACUCUGGCAAUAAGUAUGGUGGAUAUGGAGAGCAGCGUGAACUCACAGCAGAAGAACAAGAAGAAGUUGAAGUCGACGACAUCAAACGGCAGAUAAAAGAAGAGAGGUUAGCUACAGUAGGGACGACUCAGAAUAUUGCACGUACUGCCGAUCAAGCAUUAGAUGUUGCAAUGCAAACCGUUGCUCGUCUUGGUGGACAGACCGAACGUCUCAACUACACUGAAACCCUUAUCGACAAGGGUAGCUUUGCAAGUAGAGAAGCUGAGCAGUCAACCAAGAAGCUCAAGAGUCUAAACCGGAGCAUGUUUGCUGUUCAUGUGGGGAAUCCUUUCACGGCUACGAAGAGGCAAAGAGAGAUAGAGCAAAAAGCCCUGGAUGAGCAUCGUUCAGAGCGCGAGAUACGUGAGACAACACGUAAGGAAGGCUAUAUGGGAAAUCAACGUAUGGAGGCUACAUUCAGAGAAGCAGAGGCCAGUGCGAACAAUCACGUCUGGAAAAAACAAAGUGCUGCUGAGAGGUCUAAGUAUGCAUUUGAGGAUGAUGAUGAUGAUGAGGUGAAUGCGCAAGAGGAUGAAAUUGAUGACAACAUGGAGUUGACGGCCCGGAGACUCGCCUCAAUCAAUCACCUUGCUCACAACAUUAGCGAUAUAGUCGAUACCCAGAACAAGACCAUCGAUAGGAUCGGUAGCAAGAGCGAUCAACUAAGCGAUGAAACGGUGGUGCACACCCGCAGGCUCCAAACCAUCAGAUGA